AAUCCAGGAUCUCGUUGUUUAUGGGAACUAGAGGAACCAGGAACCUGCAAUGGAAACCGUGCUCAUGUCUGGUAAGGUGAGCUAAUUGAACACUAUUAUCCAUGAAUGAUGAACAGAUUAUCAUGAAGAUGAACAAUUUUAGAAGUGUCAAUGAACGAAUCAUCACAUGAUCUCGUAACAAAGUGUUUGAAAAUGAUGCCCUCAGUAUAUAUCAGUGAAGGUUAACAGACUUCUUUUUCAGGCCUGAGCUAUGGGGAAGAUUCACCUCUUCGUUCUCAACUGCUUUUUUCUGCUCUCAUCAGUGGCUGGCUUGAAGCCCGUCUUCGUCAAGUCCCUGGGCAACGUCACUGUCCCUGAGGGCCGGGAGGCCACCUUCACAUGCGUCGUUCAUCACCUGGGCGGACACAAGGUGGCCUGGAUCAAAUCGGACAGCAAGGCGAUCUUGGCGAUCCACAACCAGGUCAUCACGCACUUUGACCGGCUGACGGUGAUACACAACGACCACAACACGUGGACGCUCAUUCUGCGGGAUGUGCGCCAGUCCGACAGAGGCCCCUACAUGUGCCAGGUCAACACGGACCCCAUGCGGUACCAGGUCGGCCACUUGGAGGUGGUGGUGCCUCCCGACAUUGUGACGUCGGAGACGAGUAGUGACCUCAUCAUCCCAGAGGGCGGCUCGGCACGGCUUCAGUGCAAGGCCAACGGCCACCCGCCGCCCACGAUUAGCUGGCAGCGCGAGGACGGCCAGGAGAUCGUGCUCAGACAGGGCCGCAAGCUCAAAGUGGCCAACUUCUCCGGCGAGGUGCUGCAGCUGGACAGGGUGACCCGCUCGGAGAUGGGCGUCUACCUCUGCAUCGCCAACAACGGCAUUCCACCUCCUGUUAGCAAGAGGACCAUGAUAACAGUGAACUUUCCGCCGAUGCUGGAGGUGUCCAGCGGGCUGGUCGGCGCGCCGGUCGGCAGCGAGGUCAGCAUGGCCUGUCGUGUGGAGGCUUCGCCCAAGGCCAUCUUCUACUGGUCACGAGAAAAUGGCGAGAUGAUCCUGACGGGCGCGCGGCACCAGGUGUCGCGCAGCCAGAGCUCACCCUACCGCUACAACAUGAGUCUCGCCAUCCGUCGGCUGGCAGAGCGAGACUUCGGCACCUACCACUGCAUCGCCAAGAACUCGAUGGGCGAGGCCGAGGGCGCCAUCACGCUGCACAAGAUCCACCUGCCGUCGUCGGCACGACCCAUGGAGGUGUUCACCGAGCCCAGCGACCUGCUGAAUGAGCUGGCCGAGUUCGAACAGAGCGGCGACUUGCCGCCAUUUGGAGACGACGAGGACUUCUUGUACGGCCGCACGGACGAGCCAGCCCGGCCCGAGGAGCGCGCCCCAGAGCGAACGGGCGUCGUGCUCACCGAACUGUCCAAGAGCGUGGCGCCACAGCGGGCCGCCACCGCCGCCGCUGCUGUCCAUCCGCUGUUGCUGGCAGUGCUGGGACGCGCGAUGCACUCGGCGCUGGCACGUACCUCUUAAACGCGAACCGGCGCGCCAGUCGUGAUGCGCUGAUUCAAAUCAGACGACAUAUCUAGCCGGCUGGUUACCCACGCAGUCUGUAGUUGAUGUUUCCAAAUGAAUGCGGUGGGUCGCUACGCUACUCAAACGAACAUUAAGCGCCGGUUGGCGCGCGCACGGGGGUUGAAUACCUUUUAUCGAAAGUCGCGGUGCGGAGCUAUUGCGGUGAGAACCUGACUACCACGUGAUCUACCUUGAAUCUAGUGUCCGUUAGAUAUAAGUAACUGCUUGCAUGAAGCCGUUAUGUUUCAAUGCGUCUUCAGAAGCGCUGGGCUCGCCCAAAAGUCAAUGCUAACUACCGACCUGCACAGCUGGUAGGAGCGCCGAUUGCUGUCCGAUGUGGUUCAGUUUGGGAUGCUGCGUGACUUCUGUUGGUGCAAAUAUCCUCGCCUCACCCAUAGCUCACGCCUGUAUCGGGCUUCCCCAUUACAUACAUAUACAUACAUAUAUCGAUGUACUUGCGUCGGGCAAUGGUUGGUUACGUUUUUCUGUAGCAUUUGUGACAUAUGGUAAGCGGCUGUGUUGGAAUAUGGAUGGCACGUGGUGUGUGAGACGCUGGCGAGCGGCAGGUUUCCUCUGCUUGUGAAGCUCGCUGCUGCAGGUUUGGUUCAUGGACAUGACAGACCCAACCAGAGCCCAGAUGGCGUCGCAGGCCUAACUGAUUGCCUUUUUCUCUGGCAGCUAUGCCUGCACUGUAGACACAUUCUGACACAUUCGUUAGGCACCCAUGGUUUAUCGCUUCAUUUUACUUCCCACGCUACCAGACCCUGCGACCCCGCCUAAACCCUGCUCUGUUAUGGCUGUCCUGCACGCCGGAAAUCGAAGUGGCGUGGUGAGCGUAUUCCUCCUGCCCGUGUGACGGGUAUGAUAGGUUAGAAGAUGACCAUGCAGCUAGGUGAAUGCAUGGCUAACAGCAACACGUAUGCCAUCAGAGGCUUCUCAAUAAGAUACGUCUGUGUCACCUGUGCUCAGUACCGGACUACAGGGACGCCUCAUUUCGGCUCCCGCAAAUCACUAUAACACACUGUCGAUCGGGCUGCGCAAGCGCUGGGAACAUUCCUUCAAACCCUGCUUUUAGUAGCCGUUAGAGGAAGCGAUAAAAGUGACCAUAUCGGUUGAACGGCGCGUGUUAGUCUACACAUGGGCACCAGUGGCGUGUCGUCAGCGCGCGGCUCGAUGGAGCAGUGAUGACGCACCGGAGUCGGGUGGCGGACUUCUGAUGACGGGUGACAGACGCCUGAUGACGGCGUCGCGGCGCCGGCUGACGACCAGGCCUACCUCCCACCUAGUGUGAGGGUGUUGCGCUCGGUGUCACUCGACAGUCGAUGGCCGGCCGCCCGACCACAAUAAUGGGUACGGUUUUGAGUGUUACGCCGCAAGGUCCGAUACAUGGUUCGGCGUUAUUGACCUGUAGUGAACAGCCAAACGGCGGACAUAGUUGGCUGUUACGUGCAUUUAUUGGUAAGGUGCUGUGGAGUGCGUGAGCGAACGUGCGCGUUUGAGAUUUUUUGUCGCGGUGCGAUAAUGGUCGGAAUAAACGGCACCCACGUCGAA